UCCAAGAUGAACAGCAAGUGUCUUUUCCUGGGGUUUUCUCUUCUGCUCUUCUGCUCUGUUGCUCAAGGCCUUGUGUGCAAAGUAUGCAAAUUCAAGGUGGGCACACUGUGCUUCAAAUCUGACGAUCCCUGCAGAGCAAAAGAAGGCCAAUACUGUGAAACAACCAAAGUUUAUACAGGUCAUAUCAUGCUCUUCACGAAACACGGCUGCAGCAAACAUGCGGAACUUUGCAACAAGACUGAGCAAAGGGACGACGUCUUCGACAUGAACUACAACCGCACGUGCUGCGACUAUGACUUAUGCAAUGGGGGAAUCGUCAGCAAUCCCAGUCUCCCAUUUUUAGCUGGCAUCAGCAUGGCAUUCGGUUGGUGGCUGGCCCAUUAAUCCUGAAGAUUCACGGAGACACUGUUGUCGUAGCAGAAGAGGCAGCCCAGAAGCCAGGCCUCCUCUCCCCUUUUACCAAAAGGUGGGGAAGAUUAGCUUGUAGACUGUCUGAAGGCAUUGAAUGCCUUUUUAGUUCCCUGCCACUUCACUAUUGAAUAGGCUAAAUUCAUCUUCUGCCACAAGCCUUGUCAACAAAAUUCUAAAACCACUGCUUUUUUUACUACUUCCUCCAAGGGACUUUCUCCCUCCCU